GAUCAGGCGUCACUUAUCGAGCGCGCGCAGGCGGAUCAGUCGAGUGCUGACGUCAUCGAGCGAGUGAAGAUGGCGGAUCCGAGCGCAAAACAAACCGGGCAGAAAAGUGUGAAGAUCGCAGCCGGAGCCGUGGUGUGUGUGGAGAGCGACAUCAGAGGAGACGUGACCAUCGGGGCCAGAACCGUGGUCCACCCCAAGGCUCGCAUCAUUGCAGAAGCAGGACCCAUCGUCAUCGGGGAGGGAAACCUGAUCGAGGAGCAGGCGCUGAUCAUCAAUAGUUUUCCUGAAAACCUCCUCCCGAAUACAGACGACGUGGAGCCCAAACCGAUGAUCAUUGGCGUCAACAACGUGUUUGAAGUCGGCUGCGUGUCUCAGGCCUUGAAAAUCGGGGACAACAACGUCAUUGAGUCUAAAGGUCAGUCAAGUGUGUGUUGUGUUCAUAAUGCUGAUGGUGACGAGUGUGUUCAUAACGCUGAUGGUGACGAGUGUGUUCAUAACGCUGAUGGUGACGAGUGUGUUCGUAACGCUGAUGGUGACGAGUGUGUUCGUAACGCUGAUGGUGACGAGUGUGUUCGUAACGCUGAUGGUGACGAGUGUGUUCAGUAA